CCAGCUCUAUUGUCAGUCAAGUAAAGCACCCGCCUCCCUCCUUCCUCAAUCUCUUUGCCCCCUCGCUUGUGUGAAAGACUUAGUGUAAUUUACAGUUAACUUGAUGCUGAAUUUGGGGUUGUUUCACCUUAGACAGUAGUACUGAGUAUUCACAAGCAAACGGCUGACACACACAAAUAGGUAUUUUAACCUGGAAGGAAACUUUGGAUGACCCUGAAGACAGGAGAGAAGUUAUGUGUAAUGAGACACCUAAUGGGAAGCUGCUGACAUGCCACCACUUGGGAGGAAGCUGCCUGGUGAUAUAAUAAGAACUGUUUACUUUUGCUGCAGUAAUGACAGGGACAGACAUUGUAGAUUUUGGUGAUUUGUACAAUUUUCUUUUCCAUUUAAUGCACAAACUUUAUGUAAAACCUGAUGGUCAGAUCUGUAAGAAGAUGACACGCUGACUUUGACACUGAGGGGAGUACAGAAGAUUAAUAAGCCAGUUAUUUAUGGGUGAUAUGCAAAGGACGGAUUACUGAUUUUGUCGCGCUAGUGUUGUUACUGUGCCCGUUGCUUCAGCUAUGGAUGGUAGGUUAGAAGAGAUUUUUGGAGAUGAGGUAGAGAACACACCUUCUCUAGAAGUCUGUGAUGCAAUGGUCACAGCAAUGGCUGGAAACAUAUAUUCUGAACUGGAGAAACUGAUAGAAGCAUAUGGGCAUGCUGCUGUCACAGACCUGAUGCCUUUACUGGUGACUGUACUGGAAAGUCUCGAGACUACUUGUGCCCAAGCAAAAGAGAGAGAGGAGCAACUGGAACUGGUAAAAGAAGACAAGCAAAGACUUCUGAUCCAGUAUGAAAGAGAACGAGAUGGGAGAAAACGAGCCGAGGAGAGAUGUAUGGAGAUGGAAGACAGUAUUGAACAAGAAAGGAAACUGUUUAAAGCUAAUUUGAUAACAAUGGAAGCACAGACAAAAAACAUGGAAACGAAAGCUCGGAGCUAUGCAGAUCAGAUUGUUGGUCUGGAAGAACAGAAGGGACUCUUGAACAAAGAACUUGCAUCGCUGAUGCAAGUCUAUGCCAAGGUCUUAAAGAGUUACAAGGAGUUGCGGUAUCAGAGAUCUCUGUCGAUGGAGGCGGCCCGUAUUUCUGGCCGGAAUACUCCACUUCAGGGCUUAGAAAAGAAGGUGUUGCUGCUUGAUUUCCAGGAAGCACCGUCAUCCAUAGAGAGCAACUCUGACAACGGAUUUCCAGAAAUAAUUCCCACUGAAAAGGGCUUAUCUGAGGGGUUGAAGAAAAUCAAAGAACCCAAGUCUCAUAUUUCCAUGGAUGCUACCAAUGGUAAAACAGAUGCAGAAAAUAACAGCCUUACUUUGGAAAAUGAGUUGAAAUCACCAGACAUAACCAUAGAAGAAGCCCAUACAGUAAUUCAGGAGCCAGAGGUGCAGUCUGUGGUCGAUGAAAUCAUUCAUUCUACACCAGAAUUAAAGUUGAAUUCUGAACCAUUUGAAGCAAGCACUCCGUUGGCCCUUUUGGUGUUGGACCAGGAAGAGGCGACACGUAACAAUGAUUCUCUUUUUGCUGAGGUGUGUGGAACAAGCCCAGGAUUCAUUUCGGAUAUAGAUGAGGGUGCAGACUUGCAAGGUGUCGGAAGUCCAGUUGAAGAUCUUAUGGUUGAAAAUGCACAACUUAAAGAAGCGCAAAAUGAAAUGGACAUGGCCAGGAAGAGUCUUAUUGCAAGAGUGGAGGAGCUGACUGCAGAGCGGGAAGCUCUUAAACGAGAAGCUGAAAAUGUAACUCAGUGCCUGAGUCGCUGCGAAGUUAAGCUACGAGAGACGGAACAGGACCUGCAGAGGACUCAACUUGAAUUAGAAGAAACAAGGAAACAAAGCAGAGAAGAUGCUGAGGUGGACAUCCCAGCAGCUCAGAGAAAGCGUUUUACCAGAGCAGAAAUGGCACGUGUGUUAAUGGAAAGGAACCAGUAUAAGGAGCGACUGAUGGAACUCCAAGAUGCAGUACGCCGAUCUGAAAUGCUGCGGGCUUCAAAAGAUAUUCAGACUGUCCAAAUGAAAAAAUCUUCAUUCUGGAAAGUGUUUGACCGGCUUUUUAGCUCUUCAAGUGCACCACCGGGAAAACUGACAGCAACAGACACCGCUCUUCCUCUUUCCGCGAUAAACAGAAACCGACCUAUCUCUACUUCAGUGCCUUCUCUGAGCCAUGAAACCAGUACUGUACAGAGCAAUUCUGUGAAUUUUCCUCUUCGUGCUACUUCACAUGCAGAGGAAGCUGAUGGAAUGCCGCUACGGGGGAAGAAGCAUGAACUUUACCGCCAGAUUCGUUCCCACAUUUGGAAAACGCAUGGAAGAGCACAGCUCCAUGGCUGGAGCCAUCCUAUUACAGGGAAUAAGGGAGAUCAGCAAGUUGGAAACGAGAUCAAAGGUGUCCCAGUAUUAACGCAACUUCGUCUUUUGGAUCAAAAAGAUCCAAGCACAAAGCUUUGGUGUGCAACUGGAGUAAUGGGUGCUGCAAGUAAGAAUGAACGCUUGCCAAGUUUAGUAUGGAUCUGCUCAGGUACCCAUUCCGUCAGUGAGAUUAUGGUAAUAGACGCCAGCUCUGCAAACCAUGUUAUGGAUCAGUUUGUGAUCCAAAACACUCACAUUCUCUGUGUCACAAGUGUCCCAGGUUACAAUCUAGAUGUUUUGGAAUUGGGACAACCCGAAGAAGUACAGGGCUGUGAAUACAACAGCAGGGGUGCCACUGUCUGGCUCGGAACACAGGAAGGAAGUGUAUUUGUACACUCAGCUGUGAGUAACUGGAGAAAUUGUUUGCAGAAAAUUCAACUAAAAGAUGCUGUCCACAGUAUUAUGCCUGCCAAUGGUCGAGUAAUUGCUACUUUGGGAGAUGGCACUCUUGCAAUUUUUAAUCGAAGUGCUGACAGGAAUUGGGACCUUGAAAACCCAAAGGUUGUUGACCUUGGGAGACCGCAGCAGUCCAUCCGUUGUUCUGUGGCUGUCAAUAACGAAGUGUGGUGUGGGUACAGGAAUAGGAUAUAUGUUUUAGAACCACGGACUGCUAAAAUCAAAAAAUGGUUUGAAGCAACGCCACGAACAGAAAGCCAGGUACGACACCUAGCUGCAGCUGGGCAAAGUGUGUGGGUAUCCGUUCGUCUAGAUUCUAUCUUGCGCCUUUUCCAUGCUGAGACAGGGCAACUUUUGCAAGAGCUGGAAUUGCAUCCCUUUAUUCAGAGAAUGUUGGGUUCGGUCAGCUUCGGUUUGUCUAUGGCCCAGGUCUCUGCACUGGAAAUGUUUUGUGGACGUCUAUGGGUUGGAACAGCCAGUGGUGCAAUAAUUUCUAUCCCAUUUCCAAGUGAACAGCCAGGAGAAGGUACAGAGAGCCCAGGAAGAGAUUCAAAUUGUUUACUGGAAUAUGCACAGGUCUCUUUUCAUGGUCACAGGGAUGCUGUCAAGUUUUUUGCAUGCGUUCCAGGCUGCAUGAAUGCACCAAUGCCAGGAGGGGGCAGUGAAAUUACAGAAAACUUUAACAUGUUGGUGAUGAGUGGAGGGGAAGGAUACAUUAACUUCAGAAUAGGAGACGAAUCUGGGGAUGCUGGUGAAGGUUAUGGAGAACUUCUGAUCGCAAACCCAAGGAGCAGAAGAGCGGAACGAAGCCAUCUUAUAGUAUGGCAGUUACAGACUUGAAAACGUAUCAACAUGUGAAUGAUGUUUUGUUUGUUUUUCUUAACAAAUUUUGUGUUCAAAACAAAUAUUGCAGAAAUCUAUUUUUUCACAAACUGAAUGAAAGCUUAAUGCUUUAUGUGGGACUUUGGUAAUAUCUGCCUGCUCUGAUUACAAAGUAUUUGCCUUAAGGUGACAAGAACGUAUUGCCUUUGUGGGCUUUUGUGCAAUUCAAGUCUUUGGAAUAGACGAAGAUCUAUGCUGGAAGUUAUUUUUUUUUGUUUUUAUAUUAAUUUUGGAGAGUUUCACAUCUCAUGUGGUUCCUAUUGACUAACUGGCUUUGUGGUUGCCAGUUACAGGGUAUUUUUGUUGCUCUGUGUGAUGUUAUUUGCACUGCAUCUAAUUAGAUCAGUAUUCUAAUUGUACAUCAGAUUAAUGCUAACACAGUCGGUGUGAUGUAUUCUAUGAUGUUUUCACCUGUUCUAAACUUAUUUAUUAUUCUCAUUUAUUAGGCCAGUGUUUCUUCCGAUCUUGGAAAUGCAGACUAGCGCGCUACUCUUAGCAUUAGUACUGACGGAUUAUUUUAUGAACCUUGCUGGCGCAGAAUGUAUAAGCAUCUCUCACCUCAGAAAAGAGUUGAGAGAAGACAAUUUGAUCUCAGGGCUUUCUGUACUGAUCCUAUACCAGCAAAUGUCUGUUUAGGCACACAUUUUCAUUACAUUUUUUACAUGAAAAACUGUUGGGAGGGGGACAGGCCUUUUACAUACAAAAAGUAGACCUUACAUUAGUAUAUGUUCUAGAGCUCUAUGGGAUUUGGUUGAAUUUAUAUCGAAUAUUAUCUAACAAAUGCUGAGACAGGUGGUUUAAUUUAUCACCUCCUAUUUAGUUUGAUCAAGGUUCUAUAUAUAAUUUUAAUUUUUUUGUCUUGAUACUUUUUGUUCAAAUUGCAAGGUAUUACUGCCACAUUAUUUCAUUCAUAAUGUAAUGAAAUUCUGUUUUGCUUCUGAUGAUGUAGUUACCUGUACUGUACAUACAUUUGAAUCAAUAUACAUCUUAAAAGUUCACCUGCC